AUGGAUUCGCCGGCUUGGAUGUUCACCAAGGCGUUGUCCCAUCGCCAAAAGGUUUUUCAGUGAAUUUAGCUUGUUUUUGUGGAAAUUCUAAUAUUUCCAGGUGUGCCGCUUGUAUAAACGUUGCCUGAGAGAAGUCGACAACUGGUACGGUGGUGACAAGUGAGAAAAUUCUGAUGGAAAAUUGAAAAAUAACUUAAAACUUGCAGUUUGGAAGUUCGAUUCCAAAAAGUGAUCAUGCGAGCUCGUUUCGACGCUCAUAAGGUUAGUUUUUACUAUAAAAUACGCAUAAUUGGUUUCUAAUCGAUUUUUUCAGGACGAAAUCGACACACGAAAGAGCCAAGUGCUUCUGGCCGACGGUUGCCGUCAACUUUGGGAGAAGCGCCAUUUCAAGCCUUUCCGCUGUUUGUUUUUGAUUAUCUUUAUGAAUUUUGGACAUUUUAAAAAGCUUGAAAACGUGUGUAAGAUGAUAAUAAGAUUAAGAUAUUUAUUCUAUUAACAAAAUAUUGAAAAAUUGGGUUUUAAAUAUAAAUUUCAGUCGCCCUGGAUCCCGGCGGCAGCAGUUACGAUCGUGAGCGCGAGUCUCCCGAUCAGGCAAGUUUUGAGAUUUUUAAACAUUUUUGAAGCUUUCAGAAACAUUUUUCAAUGCUUUAGGUAUCAUGUACUUCAAUAAAAAAAUUUUUCAAAAAAAGGUUUAAAUGUUUCUAAAAAAAUGAUUUUUGACCGAUAUUAUUGAUUUUUUGCUUUAUUUUUCCGAUUUUUGAGAAAAUAAGCUUUUAAAAAUUCCCUUGAACUUGAGCUAAGUUUAAUGAUUAUUAAUUUUGAAAGAAUAAUUAUUGAUUUUUUUCAGAUCGUCGAUUCUGACCAAUGGACUUUGGCCGAACGCGAACAGUUCCCGUACUAUUUCAAUACUCGCGAGCAGCGUAAAAAGGUAAAUUCCUUAUAG